AUGUAAUGUAUAUAUGUAACCUCGCUGACCGCUGUGAUUAGAGAAUGGCGCUCAGGGCGAAUGUUUUUGUGUUUCAGCAGACGAACGUUUUUGUUGUAGCAGCUGGCUUACGGAUCAACAGUAUUCUGCAGAGAAGUGCAUCGACAAAACCUGAGAAGGAGCCAGCAUGUUCAAAGACAGAGAGAAUGGCAAAGAAGCUGAGGGAGAAAACUCCAAUAGGAAAACUAGAUGAACUGGACGCUGGAAAACACCCUUAUCAAGAAAAGGAGCCUCUUCCCCCAUGGCCAGAUAAUACUAACCCUCACACUGGGGAAGUUGGAGGACCUCGUGGGCCUGAACCUACACGUUAUGGGGACUGGGAAAGAAAAGGACGUGUGACAGAUUUUUGAGUGGUGAAGUACUGUUCAGUUCUAAAUAAUUGGACACAUCAGCAAGUUCAUUGUGUGAAUGAAUGCUUGGCUUUAUGUACAUGUAGAUAAAAAUAAGGGACAUUGAGUAAGUAAUUGUUAAAUAAAAUAUUAAAACCUGUUGAUUUGUUAAUUGUGUGUUAUAGUAUUGAUAUGUAAAUAUAUUUAUGUGAAUCUAGACAAAUAUACAUAUACAAUUUUUCCAUUUCUGUAUUAUGCCCUACUGGAAUGACUGAAACCAAAGACGCCUCAUUCCAGCCAUACUUUCACCAAUUCAAAAUCUAUUACCUCUUAAAGCAGUCAGUGGGCUGCUGCUACAGAUCACGUUAUAUUUUUGUGACAUUCACACUACUUUUGUGUAACACUGACUCUUGAUGUAGACUGGCUCUUAUUAUAUAAGGAUGUUGUAAAUGUGUCCAUUCAAAUCAAUGAAGAUUAUCACGGUUAUUGUAGAUGAUGGUGGUACUACACUAUGAUCCUUAGUUUGUAAAGUUAUAUUCACACUGAAGUUUGCAACAUGAUUCAUACAGUUUUCCCGCAAACAACUGGGUUAUCGAUGUUUGCAACAUGUUUCAAACACGGAAACAGCUAUCGGUGAAUGUCAGAUGAAACUGUUUCCAACCAGCUGUCACAUAUCGCCACUAUAUGGCUCUAAUGUUUCUGAUUGUUAGUUUUGAUUCUGUGUGAUGCAUUUGUGGUUGCACUGAUUAUUAUUAUUAUUGAAAGAUAUUGGAUGAGGCAGCUAGAGUUGGAAUUAAAAUUAAUGUGGGGAAUGUAAGCAGUGUAGUUUUCUCAUCAAUAGACUAGAUGAUGUGAGUACUCUACAAGGAAUGAAGAUGCAGAUGAUGUCAAUAUGCCAUGAGUGAUGUUUGCCACCAGUGUGGACAUAAACCUUAAAGCAGAAACAAUGUUGUGAACAAUGUUAGAAAUGUGUUUGCAAACAAAAACAUGCUGCAAACUUUGGGGUGAAUGUUGCUUAAGACUGUUGAACAGUGAGUGUAUUCUACAAAAUAUGGUUGCUAGGACAGUGUACAAUCUGUGACAUACAAGAUUCUAUUAGUUUUUUCUGUGAAUCUGCUGUUUUUCCUGCACCCACUGGCUUUUCCUCUCCUCGCACUUCUGCGUAUAUAAUACUAUCUGAAGAACCCGGCUUUGCCCAGGUAUUUGUUAUGCCCAUUUUUUUUUAUUGGAAAUGGAAAUAAAAUGAACUGUGUUUGUCGUGUGUUGUUCCUGUACACUGGGUGCAGCUGCUGCAUAUGUCUAAAACACAAUUUUGUAAACAUUUCAAUGGCAAUGCCUCUUCAUAGUUCUAUAGACGGCCCCACUUAGACCCAUUUGUGCUUUGCAGUUGAAAGCUGUCAAAAGUGCUGCCAGGUGUCAAGGAUUUCCUUAAUUUGACUCAUUUGUAGCAGUGUUUAGCAAUAAAGAAUAAGUGUGUUAAAUCUUCA